CUUAUACGUGCCUCGACAUGGAUGUUGCAUCGCAAAUCCAUUGCUGAAGCUUAUGCCCAUCUCGCCCGUUCUACUACAUCUUGAGACCGACGCGGACGUUUCUAUCUAAGAAAUUAGUCCUGUUGUUCCCAAGUGAGCUCCUCACGAGAAAUACUACAUCUUUCUCUCCAUCUCUCUCGUCUUGUAGAUGAUAACUUGAGCCCUGAUCUGCUCUUGUCACUGCCGUGUCCAAUCCUCCUUCUCCUCCAACGCCAUUACUUUCUACUACUUAUUUCUGCUCUUCUCUUCUCUUGCUGGGUUGUCUCCCUAUAACCAAUUGCCGCAUACAUGACUUCUACUCCUCCGCCCGAAGCACCAGCGUUUCGCGGGAAGACUCUCUCUCCAGUAUCUCCGCGUCCUGUCCAUCUGCCGGAGCCAUCCAACAUUCCCAUACUUGAAUACCAGAUGGACCCGGACUUUAAUACCACGGCCAGCCAUCUGGUUGCCAGCCAAACAAACCCUGCCGCCGCCAUCACCGUCCAGAAUCAGCCCAUCGGCGCCUCCAAUGCUUCUCAGUCCGUCGCCGCCCACGCCGAACCACCAGUUCAAGCUCAAGCAGAGCUUGAGCAGGGAGUAGAUCAAAAAGGACCCUCUCCCGAGGGCAGUGGGGUAGAAGAUGGCACCGACGAUUAUGCCAUGUCCUUAGACAAUGACGAUGAAGAUGGAUCCGAUAAUCAAACCUCUCCUCCAUCCAUCACGGCUCCUCCCGCCAAUUCCACCUCAUUAUCAAUUAACACCGGUGCUGCUGCUCCUACUAGUGCUCCUGUUAUUCCUACUGCUGCUCCUCAGGAUGCUUCUGCUGCUGGUGCUUCUGCUCCUGAGACUUUCGAGCCCCUUCAGACUGACCGUGUUCCCGUCUCGGUCAGCGAGCUCCCUUCAGAUAUGGGCACGUAUUUGUCGAGCGCCCUCAAUGCCUCCGCUGGCUCUACAGCCCAACCACCUACAUUCAGUGAUGCUUUAGCACCGAGUGCCGCCCUGAAUGAGGCUGCUAAAGCGUCUGUCCCCAUGCCAGCAGGAGAUCGAACCGGAGUAAGCUUUGGUGAGGGAGAACAUGGGGGAGGAGUGAAUUAUCAAACCUUGCUGGAGAAUCUUUCUCCUCCCUUGACGGUCAAUGCUGCACCUGGUGCUGAGACACUCACCGCUGCCACGACAGCCUCACCGACCACAGCUUCCACUGUGCCCAGACCAGCCAGCGCUGCCAAAUCCCCUACCGCAGUCCUUGCCCCGCCUGCCAAUCUGCCGCCGCGUCCGCCGCCACAAGAGAAACCCAAUACGCAUCCCAACUAUGCCCCCGGCGACGAUAUCCGUUCUUAUCACCCGCAUACGCAGGCUUCUCCUACCGCCCCCUUCCCUCCUCAGACCAGCACAUCCUAUCGUCCCUCGCAGGGUGGCCUUGCCUCGCUCGUCGCCGCCGGAGCUCCAGGCACGUCCUCGGUAGCCAAUGGACUCCCCCCUCCACCGCUCGCGACCUUUCAGCAGAGUGCCCUUCCCGCUCAGCCGCAACAGCAGAGUCCCUCCUCGGCGCAGAGCUACCGUUCCAAGGAUAAGAGUGAGAGGGGCCUUGGUCGGAGCAGCGACGACGACUCCGAAGUGCCUUGGGGCCCGGAGAUACAAAAGAAAUACGACGAAUUUCUUCACGAUGAGCGGGUCUAUGUCACAGAGGGACAAUGGGAUCGUUUCCCACCCAACUCGAGAAUGUUCAUCGGUAAUCUGCCGACUGAGAAAGUUACCAAGCGUGAUCUCUUCCAUAUAUUCCACAAACAUGGCCGUCUCGCACAAAUUUCAAUCAAGCAAGCAUAUGGCUUCGUGCAGUUCCUUGAAGCUGGUUCCUGCUAUCGUGCGUUGCAAGCUGAGCAAGGCAUGAGCGUGCGCGGGCGGAAAAUGCACCUUGAAAUCUCGAAACCGCAGAAGAAUACACGUAGCUCAACGGAUUCGGGGCGACAGAGCAGCCGACGAUCUCGUUCGCCAGACUAUACGCGUGGAGGAGAUUCAUACCGAGGCGGUCGUGAUCGGGUUGACCGCGCUUUUGAUGCCCGAAACAGGGAUUUCCCGCGUGGGCGAGAUGACUACCGCCCGAUGCGGUCUCCUUCGCCGCGAGGAUUCCGCGGCGGACGGGAUGAAUACAGGAGCGGCCGAGACCACUAUGACGGACGUCGCCGAAGCAGAUCUCGCUCGCCAUUCGGGCGGGGUGGCCCCCGCUACAGAAGUCGUAGCCCCCGUGGCCGAGAAGCUCCCGCAGACGAGCUGCCCUUUCCUCGCCGCGCCCCUAAGGAUGUGCCUGACGUGCAGCUAAUUCUGUCAGAUGAACUUGACAGAAACUUUAUUGCCUUUGUCGAGCGCUCCUUCACCGAUAGAGCUCUGCGUGUAGACGUGCUGUUCCUUAGUUCGCGCAUUUCUGAAGAGGCUGUCUUUCGGAGGCAAAUCUUGGAAGGCGUACAAGCCAUUUCGAAGCUUACUCGCGCAUCGCAAGCAACAGGACGAAUUUCUCUCCAGAUUUUCGACCGAAGAGGCGGUGCGGACAAUGUCCGCUUCGAUGAAUACGACAAUUUGGACCCGCACAUCUGCGCUGAACUCGUUGUGCGUGCAAAACAGACACAUGGAGCACCGCCCCUCCAAACUGCGCCAUACGGUGUGCCCGCACCAGCAUUUAGCACUCCCCCGUACAGCCAAACUCUUCCUCCCCCUGUGGCCGCUGCUGUUCCUCCUGCGAUCCAACCCGUUACUGCCGCUCCCCACGCGGCCGGCACACCAAAUCUCGCCAACCUCAUCACGUCACUUGACGGACCAACUCUUCAGAAACUGCUAGGCGUCAUACAAAACUCACCUCAAACGCCGCAACAGCCUCCGAUGACACCUAUUCCAGCUCCCCCCACACCAGCAUCGGCGACAUCUAUGACGACCGACCUUGCCAGCCUUCUCAGUGGCGCUGCUCGACAAGCUCCCGCACCACAACCUGUCGCCGCUCCUCCGCCUCAGCCGCCACAAGUCAAUCCCUAUGCGGCCUUGGCCACCAACCCCGCGCUCGCAUCGCUCUUGACUGGAGCUGCCGCGAAUGCUCAAGCUGCGAGCCAGCAACAGUCGCCCAUUCUGCAGCAACCGCAAAUGCAGCAGCCAACGAAUCAAGUGCAGAGUAUCAUGGAGCAGCUGACCAAGUGGAAACAGUGAUCCGCCAAGGCAAAAAUGAAAUAGGAGAUGAUGAUUUUUAUGAGACAACGUUAAUCUCGAAGGAUAUCAUGGCCUUUCCCAACGACCUGAAGAACUUUGUUUCAUUUGAUUAUGCACGGCGGGUUGCUAGGAUUGGUCUUUAUUUAAAAAAAGGAAUU